AUGUACUGCGGUAAUGUUCUAACGUACGACGAUGGUUUAAUUCAUAAGAAGAUAUACAAUAUGGAUGUCGAGUCUCAAGCAGAGAACAUGAAUGAGGAACAAACCUGCGAAUGGGAAAGCAUAACAGCAGAGCUAAACAUCACAAAACCAGUGAAUGAGAUUCAAAUAUGUGACGUCCUAGGCAAGAGUCUCGACAAACUGGGAAAAUGGGAAGCAUUCUACGAAAUGUACGUGAAACGGAUGGGUUUCGGCACAAGAAAAGAUGAUGUACGACGUUCUCAAGGAGUCAUUGUAAUGCACAGGGUUGUUGGUGCCAAGCGAGAAGAAAAGAUAGAGACGGACUCAGAAGGAGCAUUGGGAUUUCUUGAUUGUCUCGCAGAGAGGGAUCCAAAUUUCUUCGUUGUAUAUCAGGUGGACGAGGAGAAUCGAUUAGCUAACUUAUUUUGGGCAGAUGGAAACUCACGUGUCGACUAUGUGGCUUUUGGGGAUGUACUAGGGUUUGAUACCACCUAUAUGACAAAUGAGUACAAUAAGCCUCUCACUGUUCCUAUUGGCGUAAACCACUAUUUCAAUACAUGCAUCUUCGGGUUCGCUCUCCUCCUCCACGAAAAGCUUCCAUCCUAUUGUUGGCUACUUCAAAAAUUUCUCGAAUGCCAUGGAGAUAAGAAGCCAAAUGUUAUAGUUACUGACCAAGAUGUGGCCAUGAAACAGGCCAUCAUGGAACACAUGACACAUGUUACACACCGUCUAUGUGCUUGGCAUCUCAAUACAAAUGCUUCCAAAAAGGUUAAAGAUCCGAUCUUCUUGAAAAGAUUUAAAGAUCUGAUGUACAACUACUACGAGGAGGAGGAUUUUGAAGCAAGAUGGUUAGACGUCAUCGAAACCCAACAACUAACAGAUAAUGAAUGGUGCCAAACAACAUUCGACACAAGAAAACAGUGGGCAGAAACUUAUUUAAGGGGUUCAUUCGUUGCAGGAAUGAGAACCACACAACGUUGCGAAUCGAUCAACUCUGCUCUAAAAAAUUUUUUAGAGAAGAAUUAUUGCUUGUGUGAAUUUGUAACAACCAUAGAUAUGACAGUCUCAAAGCUCAGACACAACGAGACUACACAUGACUUCAAAAGCAGAUGCACUCGACCUCACCCACCUAAUCCUACAUGCUUGACCACGAACUACAACCAAUGUGUUGAAUUCUACACAAGAACUAUGUACCACAAGGUUGCUGAGCUGCUUGAUUUAGAGAAUAAUUAUUUUCUCAUAAGUCAGGAGCAAGAAGGAGAGUGGCAGAUAUACACCAUUGGAAAGUUUCAGCAUCCGGAAGUCCAAUACCGAGUUCAUUACUGUGAAGGCCAACGAGCACUACACUGUAGCUGCAUGCUAUAUGAAAGUUAG